AUGUCCUUCUACAAAUUCGUUGUCGGUGACUUCAUUGCAAAACUAAGAAAGGCUCUAAAAGAAUACAGGCUCCGAAGAUUUGGACUAGGGGAUCGGAAUGAAAAUGGUAGUCGUCUCGCCGGGCUGCUGUCAGCUGCUCGCCCCUCUCAUGGGAAUGCUCUUUUCAGAAACAAGAUUAUCGUCGGUGGAGAUGGGAAUUGUCCAAUGACACAAAUCUUGAGGAGAUCGGCUACAUACCCACCGACCGAAGGUGGUGUCUACUUGACGUUUCUGUAG